AUGGUAGUUCUGGCUAUUAAUCUGUGACGUGAUUAAUUGGGAAUAAAUAUGCAUAUUGGUCAUUUUAUUACGAGCACGUUGGCAAACGGCUCAAGUUGAUCAUUUCUGUGCCUGACGCAUUACAGCAAAGUAAAAUAAACUUCUACUGGGGUGCUGUCAACUAUGGAUCAGUUGGUCUCAGGAUUAACGGCAGAAAAAACAGACACUCUGCAGCAGCCAGGAGAGCCAGCAAAGACUUCAACACAUCAACAAAGUGCACCUUUAUCAGAAACACAGUCACCAGCAGCCAGCAGUCCUCAAGUGAGACCAAAAACAGCAGGUAGUUCUGAUGAGAAGGCACCAGAUUCUUCGGACAAUGGAAACAAAACCCGCGGUAGUUUGCCCAAAGGAAAAAAACGCAAAAAAGCUCAACGAGAUCAUACAGCACCUAGACAACCACUUACAGGUUAUGUGAGGUUCUUGAAUGAUCGAAGGGAAAAAGUUCGAUCAGAGAAUCCAAACCUCCCAUUCCCAGAAAUAACCAAACUUCUAGCUGUUGAAUGGAGUCAGUUACCAGCCAGUCAGAAGCAGCACUAUUUAGAUGCAGCAGAACAAGACCGUGAACGUUAUACACGUGAACUGCAAGCAUAUAAACAGACAGAAGCAUACAAAAUCUUCACCCAGAAACAGUCAGAAAAGAAACAGCGUGAAGAGAAGCCAGUGGAAGUUACUGUUCAACCUGAAGAGGAUGCAGAAAAGGAGACUGAUUAUCCAGGGUUUGACAUCCCAAUUUUUACUGAAGAAUUUCUUGAUCACAAUAAAGCUCGUGAAGCAGAGCUACGACAGCUUCGCAAAUCCAAUACUGAUUAUGAGCAACAGAAUGCAAUACUACAAAAACACAUUGAGAAUAUGAAAGCAGCAGUUGAAAAGUUGGAAGUUGAAACAGUGCAACAGCGUAAUUACAAUGUAGCUCUGCAGCAGCAUUUAGACCAUAUGAGAGCUACACUCACUACAAGUUUCCAGAAUAUUCCUCUUCCAGGCAGUAAUGAGGUUCCAACCUUGACCUCUAUUGAUAAUUAUAUGACUCGUCUUCAUUCACUGCUUCUCGACUCCACCACCCGGGACCGGGAGGCACUCGUGGCCACAGUACGCGAAUUAGUGGGCCGUCUGGAGUUCCAUGGAUGACCAAACCAAUCCAGUGCUCGCAGGCGAAGGCAUAAUAAGUGACCUGCAUUUCAUGUGUGACCAGUGAGACUGAACGUUACAAGACAUGUUCUGUUUUUGCAUUAUUACUGAUUUAUUCAGAAACUAAAUGAGAGUGUGCAUUUCAGUAUAGGUCAUAUAUGGUAUUUCAUUUUAAAUAGAAUUAUAUUAGAAUGCUGGUAUUUGUGCUUUUCUUACAGAUGUAUCUUUUUUCCUUCCACUGAGAGACAGAAUAAAUUAGAUAAUUGUCUA